AUGGGUGUCAGUAGUGAGCAUAUCUCUUUUCCCAGAAUAAAAAUUGAAACAAAUAAUAAAUAUGAAAUUAAGAACAGCCUUGGACAGAGGAUUUACUUUGCUGUGGAAGAUACUGAUUGCUGUACUCGAAAUUGCAGUGCAUCUUUUAGGCCUUCUACAAUGAGAAUUUUUGAUCUUAUGAGCCGAGAGGUCAUAACUCUGGAGAAACCACAAAGAUGUACCAGCUGUUGUUGCCCAUGCUGCCUUCAGGAGAUAGAAAUCUACUCUCCUCCUGGUACACUAAUAGGUUAUGUUAUUCGGGCUAGGCACCCAUAUCAGCGUAAAGUUACAAUUCAAGAUGAGGAUAAAAAGGAUAUGCUCAGAAUUAUUGGCCCAUUUUGUGCAUGCAGAUGUUUUAAAGAUGUUGUUUUUGAGAUUAAAUCUAUUGAUGAAGAAAAUGUGAUUGGCAAGAUUUCCAAGCAGUGCACUGGUUUUGUGAGAGAGGCAUUAGCAGAUUACACUUAUUUUGAUAUUCAUUUCCCCUUAGACCUUGACGUGAAAAUGAAAGCUGUCAUGAUUGGCGCGUGUCUCUUCAUUGAUUUUCAUGUUUUUUGAAAAUAAUUGUUGUCCUAAAUAUUGUAUACACUCCUGAGAGCAAUCCUGUGUUAGUGUAUUAAUGAAUGUCGCAGGAUUUGAAGCGUCUGUGCUUGGGACAUUGAAGUGAUUGGGACUGUCUAAAAGGACAAUCAAUGAAGACUGGUUCCCUUCUUGGAAGAGAAAGGAUGUCUUUAUAUAAAAUGCCAAACUGGGGAACCAUUCUCAUUUCAGAACAGCGUAGAACACCAUCUGGGUCCUGAGGCC